ACAAUGCCCGGAUUCCCAACACAAACAUGGCGGCGUCCUGUUCGGGACACAGCGCUAUGCUGCACAAAUGUGUUCGGUUUAAAAGUCUGUGUAAUGUCCAUCUGUGUAGCGGUGUGUUUAUCAGGAGGAUAUGGACAUCUAGGUCUAAAUGCCAGCUUCAACCCAAACUACAGAGUAAAAGCUCUCCUCAGAUGGUGGGUGUGGUUGCCUUGGAGAUCCACGCGCAGAUUCAGGCCACAUCAAAGCUGUUCUCGAGCUCACGUGUUGGAUUCUCGGCCCCGCCCAAUUCACACGUGUCCUUCUUCGAUGCCUCGCUUCCUGGAACGCUUCCGGUUCUGAACAGGAGGUGUGUAGAGGCGGCUGUAAUGACCGGUCUCGCUCUCAACUGCAAAAUCAACACAAAGUCUCUUUUCGACAGAAAGCACUACUUUUACUCCGAUCUGCCCGCAGGUUAUCAGAUCACUCAGCAGCGACUGCCCAUUGCGGUGAGCGGAUCUCUAAGCUACAGUUAUUUAGGUGGGAAGAAGAGGAGUGAGGUGAUGAUGAAGAGCGUGAGAGUGAGACAGAUCCAGCUGGAGCAGGACAGCGGUAAAAGUCUCCAUGAUGACCAGAGGAGCCGAACACUCAUUGACCUCAACCGUGCCGGUGUGGGUCUGAUGGAGGUGGUGAUGGAGCCUGAUAUGUGUUGUGGUGAAGAAGCUGCAGCUGCAGUGCGAGAGCUUCAGCUCAUCCUACAGACACUCGGAACCUGCCAGGGAAACAUGGCGGAGGGACAGCUGCGAGUGGACGCUAACGUAUCUGUCCAUCAUCCCGGAGAGCCGCUUGGCAUUCGCACUGAAGUGAAGAACAUCAACAGCGCUCGCUUUGUUGCCAGGGCGAUCGAUUAUGAGAUCCAGAGGCAGUUUGAGGUUCUGGAGAGUGGAGGAACGGUUCUGAAUGAGACGAGAUCUUUUGACAGCAAAACCGGAACGACAGUGCCAAUGAGAGAUAAAGAAGGUCUGCAGGACUACAGGUUCAUGCCAGAGCCCAAUCUUCCUCCUCUUUUCGUUUAUGAGGGCGUGGCCUCGGUGCCAGAUGGCAUUGACCCCGCCCAGGCGGUGGUGAUUGACAGAUUAAAGGCCCAGUUACCUGAGCUGCCCGGAGUGAAGAGGACAAGACUAAUGGAGGAGUACGGCAUCCUGCCAGAGCACAGCUUCACUCUGGUGAACGAAAACGGACUGAUGGAGUUUUUCGAGCGCGUCGUCCAGAAGACUAAAACGGAACCGAGGAAGCUGAUUGGCUGGGUGAUAAAGGAGCUGAUUGGGAACCUGAACCUGCAAAACCUCAAGGUUACACAGAGCCCUGUGUCUCCCGAGGCUCUGGCACAACUGCUGAAUCUGCUCGAAUCUGGUUUCAUCUCGUCCUCGGCCGCUAAAGUGGUUUUCCAGGAAAUGUGGAAGGCUCCAGAAAAGGGUGUGGAGCAGCUGGUGAAGGAACUGGAUUUAGAGCUCAUCAGUGAUCGAGAGGAACUCGUAAAGAUCUGCCAGAGAGUGCUGGAAGCUCAUCCUGAUCUGGUGCAGGUGAUCCGAGGGGGCAAUAAGAAGGUGCUGAAUAAGCUGAUGGGUUCCGUUCAGAAGGAAUCUAAAGGUCGAGCCGAUCCGGUCCAGCUCAGGAAGAUCCUGGAGGAAAUGACAUCAUGAUUAAAAUCCAGAGCUCUUCAGUACGAGCUUGAACUGAUAACUGACACGAUCAAACCUGGAAGAGUUCGGUGUUUUUCAUGCUGAAGAGCCUCAUUAAAGCCUCAGUGAUGAAGUGACCAGUGCACUGAUGUGGAGAAGAGCAGAGAAACACAUUAACCUGAAGUUACCUGCAGCCAGAGAUUAGCACAUCCACCACAAUUCAUCAUCUGGCCUUAUUAUCUACAUCUUCCUGCUUGUUUCAGCCCAUGCUCCUACUGAAUCUGUCAACAGAAAUCUAUUCAUCUGUAUAAAAGUCUUUAAUGAGGUCAUGUGAUAAUGAGCGUAUUGAUAUUUAAAUGGAGAUCGAAGUGAAGCACCUGUUUGCUCGUCUUCUUUUUUUAUUAUUCUCGUGUCAGUGAUUAACUCCUGACCUUUUACCACCUCUUAAUGCCUCAUAAUUAAGCAAUUAGUGCGCCUGUAUUUGUACAGUGUUCAUGACGUUAUGAAGGGAAAGAGAAUUAGAAGAAGUGAAGACGUGAGCUUUAAGUGCUAACUUUAUAAAUAUAGAUUCUUAAUAGCUUUUUAUUUCAUAUAUAUAUAUAUAUAUAUAUAUAUAUAAUAUAUCCGACCAGUGUCAGGUGAAGUGAAUCAGACUGAGUAUCUCCUCAUCAUGGCACCUGUUAGUGGGUGGGAUAUAUUAGGCAGCAGGUGAACAUUUUGUCCUCAAAGUUGAUGUUAGAAGCAGGAAAAAUGGACAAGCGUAAGGAUUUGAGCUUUGAGUUUGAUGAAGGGACAAAUUGUGAAGGCUAGACCACUGGAUCAGAACAUCUCCAAAACUGCAGCUCUUGUGGGGUGUUCCCGGUCUGCAGUGGUCAGUAUCUAACAAAAGUGGUCCAAGGAAGGAACAGUGGUGAACCGGAGACAGGGUCAUGGGCGGUCAAGGCUCAUUGAUGGACAUUAGACAGGUGGUCAUAAUGUUAUACCCGAUCAGUGUGUGUAUAUAUAUAUAUAACUAUAACUAUAUAUAUAACUAUAUAUAUAUAUAUAUAUAUAGUUUAACAGGACAUAUUGUAAAAAAAUA